AUGGAGAGCCGGAAAUUCCCUGCCCAAGGCCCCACAAGGAUUGAGAGCGGGAAAUUCCCUGCCCAAGACCCCACAGGCAGUGAGAGCGGGAAAUUCCCUGCCCAAGACCCCACAAGGCUUGAGAGCGGGAAAUUCCCUGCCCAAGACCUCACAAGGACUGAGAGCGGGAAAUUCCCUGCCCAAGACCUCACAAGGACUGAGAGCGGGAAAUUCCCUGCUCAAGAACCCACAAGGAUUGAGAGCGGGAAAUUCCCUGCCCAAGACCUCACAAGGACUGAGAGCGGGAAAUUCCCUGCCCAAGACCUCACAAGGACUGAGAGCGGGAAAUUCCCUGCUCAAGAACCCACAAGGAUUGAGAGCGGGAAAUUCCCUGCCCAAGACCUCACAAGGACUGAGAGCGGGAAAUUCCCUGCCCAUGACCCCACAAGGAUAGAGAGCGAGAAAUUCCCUGCCCAAGACCCCACAAGGAUUAAGAGCGGGAAAUUCCCUGCCCAAGUCCCCACAAGGAUUGAGAGCGGGAAAUUCCCUGCCCAAGACCCCACAGGCAGUGAGAGCGGGAAAUCCCCUGCCCAAGACCCCACAAGGCUUGAGAGCGGGAAAUUCCCUGCCCAAGACCUCACAAGGACUGAGAGCGGGAAAUUCCCUGCCCAAGACCUCACAAGGACUGAGAGCGGGAAAUUCCCUGCUCAAGAACCCACAAGGACUGAGAGCGGGAAAUUCCCUGCCCAAGGCCCCACAAGGAUGGAGAGCGGGAAAUUCCCUGCCCAAGACCCCACAAGGAUUAAGAGCGGGAAAUUCCCUGCCCAAGACCCCACAAGGAUUGAGAGCGGGAAAUUCCCUGCCCAAGGCCCCACAAGGAUUGAGAGCGGGAAAUUCCCUGCCCAAGGCCCCACAGGCAGUGAGAGCGGGAAAUUCCCUGCCCAAGGCCCCAAAGGGAUUGAGGGCGGGAAAUUCCCUGCCCAAGACCCCACAGGCAGUGAGAGCGGGAAAUUCCCUGCCCAAGACCUCACAAUGACUGAGAGCGGGAAAUUCCCUGCCCAAGACCCCACCGGUAGUGAGAGCGGGAAAUUCCCUGCCCAAGACCCCACAGGCACUGAGAGCGGGAAAUCUACAAAUUCCCUAUUCAAGUAG